AAGGUCUUCACCGCCAAUCCCCCCAAUUCCAAAUAGAAUCAUAGACUAUAAUUCGCUGUCUGCCUGUCCGCCGAAAUUCGUGAUCUGUCUAUAGUGUCUAUGUCCAUUUAUAAGACUAUUCAUUGCACCUAUGCACCUUUCCCUCAAUUUUGCGAUUAAUAAAAAGCAGGAUACCUAACUAAUUAACAAGUGAUAUUGAUGGACGAUGCCGAGGGUGGCGGAGGGGCUCUAAUUUGUAACUACGUGUUUAUAUUUUGUGUGCUAGCUGCGAGUACUUAGACGCAGUGUAGAUACGUAGGGACAGUAAUUUUCAAUAAAUAUGACGAGCUGCAAGAUAGUUUUGAAUAACUUCAAUGGAUAUUACUACCCUGGAAACACAAUAUCCGGACAAGUUGUGUGCACAUUCAAUUCCAGUAAUGACUUUAGAGCAAUAAAAGUCAGAUUACGAGGAAAAGAGCACACCUCAUGGUGGGAAAGAGAAAGUUAUUAUGAUAGCUACUCGAAGCAGACCAUAUAUCGUAAUGUCAAUUAUACUGGAGACAAUACAAUUAUAUCAUUUGAUUCCACACUCGUUGGAAAAAGUACGUUAUCAUGCGGUCGCUACGAGUAUCCCUUCACAUUUACUUUACCAAGAGAUCUUCCUACAACAUACAACGGAAACUACGGGCAUAUACGCUAUUAUGUCAAAGCUAAUAUCGAUAUACCAUUCGCCUUCGACUAUAGAGACGAGAUAUCAUUCACUCUGGUUUCUCUGAUAGAUUUCAACGAAAUCAUUCAUCAUCUUCAACUUAAUCCAGUGAAUUAUGAAGACGAGAAAAACCUGUGUUGCUGCUGCUGUGCUGGUGACCCAAUAACAAUGAACGUACAAUUGCAAAAAGAGGCAUUUGUGCUUGGAGAACUAGCUAAGAUAAAAGUUGACUUCACAAACAUGUCGAAUACAACUUUAGAUGGACUCGAACUCCGAAUGAACAUGACGAUAGAAUCUAAAGCGACUUCUCCAAAAUCCAACAACAAGCGCGAUACAGAGAUGGUGGCGUUUAUUUCAGACACUGGAUUAGGAGCCCAUGGACAAAAAAUCUAUGACUUCGACUUGUUGAUACCUAUGUCUACGGUACUCCCCAAUUUCACUAGGAGCGCUCUCUUCGAACAGUGGUGCGUAAUUAGCGUGGAAGCAGUGAUACCUGGCUGUCAUUCAAACAUGCAGAUCGAUACUAGUAUAAUUUUGGGACAUAUACCAAUCGGUGGGCAAUCAAACUCUCUACUCUCCAAUAUUCCUGGAGGUGGCGCUCCCCCUCACCCCUUGGGACCACGUGGGUUCACGACUGCCACAGUGAAAUCUGAUAUCGGUUUCAAGGUGCCAGGGUCGUCAGGAGGAUCUUUCUCUAGCCUUUCUGGCAAGAGGGCUCCUGUGUCUGGCCCUGUGCCAGUGCAUGGAAUUCCUCCUGGACCUUUUGCUUCUGCUCCCGCAGAUCAAUCUGCCCCUUCUGCUCCGAACAAAGCGGAAAUGGCAGAAGGUGGUGAUGGUGCGAUAACUGAUGGAGAAGAUUCUUCGGAACCUCCGCCACCGACUUAUCACGAUGCUCUAAUAGGACCUCCAAGUCCUUAUCCUCCCAAGCUGCUAGGAGGUCAAAAUAGGCCUUCAGCUCCGUCUUUAUGAGUUGACAAAUCGCGUCCAAAAGUGCUCUUCGAUUUGAAUAAUUGUUUUUAUCGGUUCUUUAUUUUAGAUUCCUCGUAACAUCCGCCAUCUACUUAUCAAGAUAUGCUCUAAGAGUACUUUCAGAUCCUCAGCCUCCUGGGCCACAAAGUGUCAAAAUGGACCUUCAGUGCCUUCAGCCCAUCUCUAUGAGUUCGAAAAAAUCGCGUCCAGAAAUGUGAUACAUAAUUUUUAUAUUUUUUAUUGAACCAAAGCCGUAUUUAUCUACUUCAUAAUACCGAUUUUCUACCUCGUCAAUCGAAUUGGCAAAAGCUGUAUAUUGCAGGAAAGUGAUACUAUUCACUAUAUAUGGGGUGUUUCAAAAUUCAGUAUCAAUGUUUCACUGUCAUAAUUUUCAGCUCGAAGUUAAAAAAAUUCCCUAUACUUAAACAUGAGUGUCCGCAAACGCUUCGUUACCGAUCUACAGAGCUUUAAAGUUUCAAAAGUUCUUUAUUUUUUUCUUUAUAGUUAAUUCAAUUUUCGAGAUAGUCAAAUUGAAUUUGAUGUACAUUUUUCAAGUUUUAGGGUUCAUAUCAUUUUUUCAGGGGUCGAGCCGUUUUUUACUCCAUAAACUUUUUUGUAGUACGCCAGUUAGAUUUCGAAAUAGGUACGAAAUGAGUUUUUCAUUUUGUUUAUAAACUUUUUUAUCUCUUGUUUUUUCACGCAUCUGCGACUGUUUUCUUGAAAAAUAAGUAAAGAUCCUUGACCUUUUAUAAAAUAUGAUGGAAAAUAAAAAAAUCUCAAGACUUCAACGCUCUAUACAGGGUGAAUCAAAAAGUGAGGUGUGUAUUAAACAGCAUAUAUAGAGCUCGCUAAAAUGACUUGUUUGGUAAAAAUUUGCUCACAUAAAAUAUUCAGAAUAACAGAUCUUUGAAGGUUCACAGGCGACCCCAACUAUAAAACAUGAUGGUUACAUUUUCUCAAAAAAACGCAGAAAAGCCUUCAUUACUCCAGUAUUAGAUACCCUACAGUUUGCAUUAGUUCAUCAGAAAAAAUAAUCAAAAACUUUUUUCAUUUUCAACCUAUUAAUUUUUGUUUUGAAGUGAUUUUUCAUCAUAUUUUCUUUAAUAAAUCUGAGAUGAAUAAAAUUAGAUUUUUAAUGUACAAAACCUCAAUAUACCUGUACCUCCGUUAUACAAAACCUCGAAAUGGUUGUACCUCCGUUAUCUUACAUUUUUUACAUGAACAAUUUUUUGGCCAGACAAUUCAUUUUGGCGAGAUAUAUACCCUAUUAAAUCAAAAACCUCACGAUUCAACGUGUAUAUCGCUAACAAAGCGUUUGCCGAUACAUAUUUAUAGAAAAAAAAAAUUAUUUUGACUUGAAAAAUACGUCUCUGAAAUCUUGAUACUGAGUUUUGAAACACACCCUUCACACAUAUUAUACAUUUUAUGAUAUUCCAAAUAUGCACAAUAUGUGUGCAUGGUUACCUAAGUAUAUACACUUUUGAUAUGUGGUUUAAUUCUUUUAUACUUAAAAUAUAUUUUUAUUUCCGAGUUCACUUCAACAAAAUGUGAAUGUUAACUAUUCUCUGUUUUCGAUAAUGUAUGUUGAUUAUUCUGAUGAGUAUAUUAUAUACGUUUAACUGCUAUAUAACAAUGUUUUACUCUCCUUUACAAAAAUUGUUUCUUUUUUAUUAAGCAAUUUUGAGCACUUUUUUUGUAGGAAUCAUACUCUACAAUCAUUCACCUCAAGAAGUUAGAGAAAUGGACCAAUCACGUCAGUAACACAAAUCCGUCGUGACCAAUUGAAACAUCCUUCUUUGACUUUUACGUCAACUUCCAACCUGACAUUUGCACUUGCGCAGUUCCAUUUUC